AUGGUUGCCCCACAUCCUUUUGACACUGUCAGAGAAUCUGAAGUCAGACUCGCUUCAAAGUUGGUCAAGGAUUCUCACCCUGCUUCCGCCAAUGUUCAUUUUGUCCAAAUCGACAAGCUCGAUCCUCCAAAGAAUGACAUGAAGAAAUAUUUGGAAAUUGAAAGAACUGGUGGUAAGUUGCCAUCUAUCCCAAGAGUUCUUUACGCAUACUACUAUACUGAAGAAACUGUGUUUAAUAAGGCCCUUGUCAAUGUUACCGUUGGUCAUGUUAUCACCAAGACCCAACUUCCAAAGGGUGUUUGUGGUCCUCUUUUACCAGAUGAUCUCAAUGAAUGGGAAGUAUAUUGUAACAACCAUCCAGCCGUUCUUGCCGAAAUUGAAAAAUUGAAGUUACCAGCUGGUUACUCCGUCAGAAAUGAUCCAUGGAUUUAUGCUACCGAUGAUAUAAAUGAAAAGAGACCAUUAUGUCAAUUUUUCAUGUACGUUGCCGCUGGAAAUGGUCAUUCCGAAUCUAACCAUUACUCUUUACCAUUGAAGUUUUCUCCAGUUUUUGAAUGUUUCACCAAGAAGUUUAUUAGAAUGGAUUAUUUACCAGGUGGAUUUGAUGCCACUCUUGUCCCAACCCAACCAUGGCAAGAAGUUCGUUGUGUUGAAUACCAUCCAGAUUUGAAUGGUGAAGAUACAACCGCUCGUGAUGUCAAGCCAUUGUUGAUUACUCAACCAGAAGGUCCAUCCUUUACCGUUGACGGAUCCAAGGUUAAGUGGCAAGGUUGGGAAUUUAGAAUCGCUACCACUGCUAGAGAAGGUUUUGCUGUCUAUAACGUUAGUUUCAAGGGCCGUCAAGUCUUUUACCGUAUUUCCUUGUCUGAAAUGACUGUUCCUUACGGUGAUCCAAGAGCUCCAUACCACAGAAAGCAGGCUUUCGACUUGGGUGACUGUGGGUUCGGUACCAACGGUAACCACUUGGCCCUUGGUUGUGACUGUUUGGGUGUUAUCAAGUACAUGGAUGGUGUUGGUAUCCAUGCAAAUGGUGAACCAUACGUUAUUCCAAACACUGUGUGUAUGCACGAACAAGAUAAUGGUUUAUUAUACAAGCACGUUAACUACAGAACUGGUAACUCAGUUCUUGCUCGUAAGCGUGAAUUUGUUGUUCAAACCAUUGCUACAGUUGCUAACUAUGAGUACAUCAUUAACUUGAAGUUUGUCACCGAUGGUUCCAUUGACAUUGAAACUCGUGCCACUGGUAUCUUGUCUACCAUGCCAAUUGACGAAAACGUACGUGUCCCAUGGGGUACUAUUGUUGGACCAAAUGUUAUGGCUGCUUACCAUCAACACAUUUUGUCAUUCCGUAUCGAUCCAUCUAUUGAUGGUCAUAAGAAUACUGUUGUUUAUGACGAUGCCUUAAAGAUGCCAAAAGACGAGCUCAAUCCCUUCGGUAUUGGAUUUGUUUCCGAUCGUCAUUACGUUGAAAAGGCUGGUCAUGUCGAUCAAUCUCCAUUCACAAACAGAACUUAUAAGAUUAUUAAUGAAAAUGUCAUUAAUCCUAUUUCUAAGACUCCAGUUGGUUACAAGGUUGAAGUUCCUCCAAGACAAAUGAUUUUGGCUGACAAGGACUCCUUUAACGUUAAGAGAGCCAAGUUUGCCACUGAAGCCGUUUGGGUUACCAAAUAUAGAGAUCAUGAACUUUUCGCAGCUGGUGAAUUCACUAACCAAUCUAAAUCUGAUACUGGUUUGGGUGUUUGGGCUAACGGUGUAGAUGACGUCAGAAAUGAAGACUUGGUUCUCUGGGCCACUUUGGGAUUCACACACAUUCCUCGUGUGGAAGAUUUCCCAGUUAUGCCAGUUGAAACUCACAACAUUCAUCUUCAACCAGUUAAUUUCUUUGACAGAAAUCCUGCGCUUGAUUUACCUCAAUCAAAUAAUGCCUUCAACAAGUCCUCUUUGUUUGAAUCCAACAAGACCAGUAGCAGUAGCGGCUGUUGCAAGACCAACUUGUGA